AUGUCAACCUCUAAGACAAACCUCCUCGAUGACGAGGUCCCAAUCGACUCCCCACCCGCCUACGACCCAUCCACAAAAUCUACCCUGGCCCCAGGCCGCGGGGCACUCCCACGCCCACCACCACUCUCCCUCCCCGCGCUCAACGACCUGCGCAGCAAACGAGUGAUCCUCGCCUCCCAAUCACCACGCAGACGCCAAAUAAUCUCCUAUCUCGGUCUCCCCAACAUCGAAAUCCUCCCCUCAAACGCUGAGGAGGAUCUCCCCAAAUCCCUCGGUCCAGUCGAGUAUGUCCUAGCAACAGCAACGAAGAAAGCACAGGCAGUGUACAGCCAGGAGAUCGACAACGAAGUCAAAGGCGAGCCUGCUCUUAUCAUCGCUGCGGACACUAUCGUCGUCGACGUGACUACAGAGUCCAUUUUGGAGAAACCUCGCUCAGAGGCACACCAUUUCUCUAUGCUCCGUGCUCUGCGCGACGCGCGCGAUCACAAGGUCUACACUGCUAUUGUUGCUAUGGCUCCUCUUGCUAGUGCGCGGCAACCGGGUUAUGCGAUGGAGAUCGUGGUUGAGGAGACGAAUGUGCGGUUUGAUGGGGAUGUGACGGAUGAUUUGAUUAUGGCUUAUGUGCGGACGCGCGAGGGUGCGGAUAAGGCGGGUGGGGGGCUCGGGUCAAUCCUUAUCGAGAAGAUUGAGGGGAGUUAUGAUAAUGUGAUUGGGUUGCCGCUUAAGGCUACUUUGAAGCUUAUUGAGACUGUUAUGCAGAAGGCUGAUGACGAGGAUCGUUUGGAGGGCGAUCCGCUUUUGGAGAUGGCUGAGGAGGACGAGGAGGAUGCAUGA